AUGUCUGAGAUUACGCACCCUACCAUUAAGGAUGGCUGGUUCCGGGAAAUCUCCGAAAUGUGGGCUGGUCAGGCCAUGACUCUGAAGGUCAAGAAGGUCCUGCACCACGAGAAGAGCCAGUACCAGGAUGUCUUGAUCUUUGAGUCUGAGAAGCACGGCAACGUGCUGGUGCUGGACAAUGUCAUCCAGUGCACCGAGUACGAUGAGUUCUCCUACCAGGAGAUGAUCACCAACCUGGCCAUGUUCUCUCACCCCGACCCCAAGAAGGUCCUGGUCAUUGGUGGCGGUGACGGCGGUGUCCUCCGUGAGGUCGUCAAGCACGACUGCGUCGAGGAGGCUAUUCUCUGCGACAUUGACGAGGCUGUCAUCCGCCUGUCCAAGACCUACCUUCCUGGCAUGGCCGAGAGCUACAAGCACCCCAAGGUCAAGGUCCACGUCGGCGAUGGCUUCAAGUUCUUGGAUGACUACAAGAACUGCUUCGAUGUCAUCAUCACUGACUCCUCCGACCCCGAGGGUCCUGCCGAGAGCUUGUUCCAGAAGCCUUACUUCCAGCUCCUGCACGAUGCUCUCCGUGAGGGUGGUGUCAUUACUACUCAGGCUGAGAGCCAGUGGCUCCACCUGCCUCUCAUCAAGCAGGUCAAGAAGGACUGCGCCACCGUCUUCCCCGUUGCCGAGUACGGCUUCACCACCAUCCCUACCUACCCUUCGGGCCAGAUUGGCUUCAUGGUCUGCUGCAAGGAGGCUGGUCGCGAUGUCACCAAGCCCCUGCGAAAGUGGACUCCCGAGGAGGAGGUUCAGAAGUGCAAGUACUACAACUCGCGCAUUCACGAGGCUGCUUUCGUCCUCCCCAACUUUGCUGCUCAGGCUCUGCAAUAG